AUAAAUUUCCGUUUGCAAUAUAUAAGCAUCAAUACUAGCUUGUAAGGUGUCGUUAAUUUUUAACAAAAUAUUUUUUUUAAAGAUAUUAUGGAAGGGCUAAGGUUUUCAAGCGCUGCCGCUUUUUUAAGCUCGUGCACAGCAUUGUUAGUUUGUGCAUUCGGCUUGUUUCUAAAAUCGUGGUGGCUGAACGUGGAAGAUAACGAAACAACCUAUGGAUUAUUUACUGCAGUAAAAUGCCCGGAUGACAUUUGUACCCUGACUGGAAGUUCGGCUGAUGGAUGGAUCGUUUUCACACAAAUUGCCAUCGUGGUACAGUUCAUUAUGCUGAUAACUGCCAUAUUUUUUCAAGCGAUUGGAUUGGUCAAGAAAUACAUGUGCCUGAUUAUUUCUGCUUCCGGUGCACUCGGUUGGUCAUGUUUCUCUUCAGUACUUCAGAUGUGUGUUUUAUCAGGCAAAUAUAUGAAGUUAACAGACGCCUACCAGACGACAACAUCACGACCCGGAAAUUACGUCAUCUACCAAACGCUUCCGCUAGGCUUAUGUCUCAUUUCCGGUUCUCUCUGUAUACCGGCGUUUGUUUGUUUGGUUAUUUAUAGAACGGAGGAAAGGAGAAUAAGGAUGAAGCCGUCAGCGAUUGUAUAAUCAACAUAACUUUCAUGCAUUUCUUUUAAACUUUCAAUUCAAAUAAGUUGAGAUUCUUAAAUGUGGAAGCCCAAACAUUUCUUCUAAUUCCACAUAUAAAAAUAUAAUUGUAACGGUUUGAAAUUAUAGCAGACAGAGUUUUUGUUUCCCAGACUACUUUGCUUACUUUUACAUUUAUUAUUUGUUUAUAUGACUAAACCCCCAGUAAAGCUAUUCUUUAAAAAGUGUCUUUUUACGUGAUACCUACGUCUUUUAAAUAACUGAUACCUUCGUGCAGCUGAAAUAUACGGUUUCCUGCUGUACGAUCUAUUGACAGUCUAGAUUUGUUUCUCUCUUAAGUCUUAUGUCGUCAUUCUAUAUUUUUAUAGAUAAAGUAGCGAGGUUUUACAUUCUCGAAUGAACCUUUUGACGACUUUGUUUAAAGAAUGAGUAAAAAAACAUUAUUAAUCAAGUAAUUAUCAAAAUAAAUAAGAUGCCUUGCACGAAAUUGAGAAAUGAAAUUGCUAAACUUAGAUUAUCUUCGCAUCGUUUAAAUAGAGACUGGCAGACAUAGAAACAUUGUAAGAUCGGAAAGAAAAUGUACAUUUUGCAGCCUAAACAACAUAGAAGAUGAAUACAAAUUUGUUUUAAUUUGUCCUACUUAUUCUGACUUAAGAAGAUUGUGUAUACGAUGUUAUUACUACAUGUACUAUAAAGGCAUCCCGGUAUGUUUUAAUUUAUUGAUGGCGCCAAAGGCGCGUUGACGCGCUGUCAUCUUGUCGUCCUGUCUCUAGCACGGCACGCCAAAUGGCGCGUUGUCGUGCGGCGUGUUGAAACCAUGAAAUAACAUAAUCUUUAAUAAUAAACAAUGAAAUAGCAUAACUAUGAUUAAUAAACCAUAAAAUAACAUAACUAUGAAUAAUACACCAUGAAAUAACAUAACUAACUAUGAAGAAUAAAUCAUGAAAUAACAUAACUAUAAAUAAAACACCAUGAAAUAACUGAACUAACUAUGAAUAAUGCACCAUGAAAUAACAUAACUAUGAAUAAUAAACCAAGAAAUAACAAAACUAUUAAUAAUACACCAUGAAAUAACAUAAAUAUGAAUAAUAAACCAAGAAAUAACAAAACUAUUAAUAAUACAUCAUGAAAUAACAAAACUAAUUAUGAAUAAUACACAAUGACAUAACUCCCAUUCCUGCAACAAACCAGACUAAACAAUGAGUAUUAAGUUUCUUUCUGGAUAUGAGAAGGUCUUUCCCUUUACGUGGCAUUGUAACGGUGGUUUGAACCCACGCGGCCAACGAUACAUACUACUGGUAAGACCUGUCAUCCUCUCCGCUACGCAGCCACUUAGAUUUAUAAAAAUUAUUUUUUGCGCUUUUUACAAUCUACAAUGUGUCUGCUACUGUCAUUGAAAUGUAUCCGAAUUACAUGUUUGUGUUUGACUUCUGUAAGAGCAUCUUAACUGACUUACAUUACUGGAACUCCUGUAUUUUCAUGACUAAAUGUCGAUAAUAGACAAUACGAAAGUGUUAAUUUAAAAUCUCAGACGCCUUUUUACAGAUCCGGCGUUAAAUCAUUCCCUUUUGCUAAACCUGUUUCCUGCAAAAAGGUGUGAAUAAUCUUCACUAUAAAAGCAGGCCCAACAACAUCUGACUUUCAUUUCCAUGAUUGAGCGAUCUAAGAAUCUUGAAAACACGGAGAUUCUUCCUAGCUGCUUUCAUCAGCCUCGCUGUUUUCAUCAGAUAAAUAUUUCUGACAUUUAUAUAGCAGACGCAGACAUGGAUCACGUUAAACGUAACUUUGAUGAGUUUGUUAACUUCGCAGCAGACACCAAAGACGAGGCAUUGUCAUUCUUUGUUGGAAUUGUGAAUCGAAUUGGAAAAUCAAUCAGAACGUCGCGAAAACGGGGGAAUGUUUCAAACGAUAGCAGACGACAGUAUUAUGAGCGGAAAUAUCAACAUAAAAGAACGAAACGCGCAGUAGAAGCGUUGGAAAAUUGGAAAAAGACAAGACCGCAGGUUCUUUUGAACAGAAGUUGAAUGAAUGCGUCUACUUAUUACGCUCUAAAAAUACUAUGACUAUACUUGAUCAUAAAGAAAAGAAACACAGCGGCAAAACAGGUGCUGUCGGGAUCUUGUCGAGUCGAGUCUCAAUGACAUUUCACCUCUGGUUAUUAAAAACAACCACAUUUAAUCGAGCACUUUGCGAGAAGACCAUCAUGCGCCGGAAUUACAUGGUUUAGAAAUAGCUACGGAACUUUCAGAACUUCGCAUGCAAAAGCUGGUUUGUGUGAUGGUUAUUCACACGUGGAGCAGAAGGUGUUGUCAUACGAAAUAAAGACCUUAUAAAUUACGGACACAUGAGAAACUGCAAAAUCGUUGGUCAUUUUUAUUAUAAGAUUGUGUUUUCCUAUUUCAGUAGGAUUUGUUUACAUGGUAUACGCAAAGUCGUGUUUUUCCCGGUAUUUCUUUUUGUACUUCUUUUUAUUUUAGUUGCUGUUGUUUUUUUUAAUGUUUGGUUGCUUUUUUCCUUAAUUGUUUGCUAUUAACAUUAUAUUACGUGUAUAUAUACGUUUAUGUUUUAAUCAUGUUUCCCACUUUGAUUUGAUAACAUAUUGAAUUUGAUGAAUAAAAAAGCAACAAUA